CUCCCGCGCCUGGAGGGCCGAGCCGGGGCCCAGGCAGAGCCGUGCGGGCGGCCGGGCAGAGGCGCGCGCCGGCUGCAGCCUCUCCGGACGCUGCCGCCCGCCGCUCACGUGCAGCCGCCGCAGCGCUCAAAGCUCCCGCCUCCGGCAGCUUUGUUGCCGGCAGGGCCUCCGGCACCAUGCUCACGCCGGGAUCUGGGGGCCCGGGCGACGCGCACGCGGUUGACAUCAUGGACAUCUGUGAGUCAAUCCUGGAGAGGAAACGGCAUGACAGUGAGAGGUCUACAUGCAGCAUCCUGGAGCAGACAGAUAUUGAGGCAGUUGAGGCUCUUGUUUGCAUGAGUUCCUGGGGUCAGAGAUCCCAGAUAAGACCCCUCACGCCUGUCUCUGAUUCUGGUGACAUUACCACGACCGUGCUUAUGGACACGACUGCACCUGAUCUACCAAAGGACUUUCAUUCUUUUUCAACUCUGUGCAUAACUCCCCCUCAGAGCCCUGAGCUCAUGGAACCAUCAACAGGGGUACAUGUUCCUUCCCAAGAAACCAAUUCCAAAGGACACAUGGACAUGGCCCUCCUCCCAUCCUCCACAGAGGUGACCAGAGCACUGAGCAGGAGAGCAGAGAUGGUCAUGCCAGAUUUGAAACCAGAGCCACUGGAACUAGUCUCUGGAUCCCCCUGCAGGGCUGUGAUGACGAGUGUGAUCCGUCACACUGGGGAGAACCCACCUACCUGCUUUCCUACUGCCCAGGUUCAAGAGCGGCAACCAUCCAGCAACAGAGAAGCACAGUUCCUGGGACAUUUCGAAGCCUUGCCGGACACACGGCUGACAGAUUGUUUAUUCAACACUAACUCAGUUUCCUGUCAGCCUUGCUUGCACAAGUCAGGUGGUCUGUUGUCCACUGACAAAGGCCAGCAGUCAGGAUGGCCUGCUGCAGUUCAAACCUGUUUACCAAAGAAUUUUGAGAAUGACUUACCAAGGAAAACCACUCCUCUGAUUUCUGUCCCUGUCUCUAAUCCCCCUGUCCUUUGCCAAAUGAUCCCUGUGGUUGGGCAGAAUGGCAUGUUGUCAGCUUUUUUGAAGCCCCCACCCCAGUUGUCUGCAGGGACUGUCAAACCCAUCCUACCACAAGCUGCUCCGGCGCCCCAGCCUGUGUUCAUGGGCCCAUCUGUGCCUCAGGGAACUGUGAUGCUGGUCUUGCCACAGAGCACCUUCCCUCAGCCUGCCACCUGCCAUUCCACUGUCAUGGCUAUUGGAAACACCAAGUUGUUGCCCCUUGCCCCUGCUCCUGUGUUCAUUGCCUCCAGCCAGAACUGUGCCCCUCAGGUAGACUUUUCCCGAAGGAGGAACUAUGUUUGCAGUUUUCUAGGUUGCCGGAAGACCUACUUCAAAAGUUCCCACCUCAAGGCUCAUCUUCGCACCCACACUGGGGAGAAGCCUUUCACUUGCAGCUGGGAUGGCUGUGAUAAAAAGUUUGCAAGGUCAGAUGAACUGUCUCGCCACCGCAGAACUCACACAGGGGAAAAGAAGUUUGCAUGUCCUGUGUGUGACCGACGCUUCAUGCGGAGUGACCACCUGACGAAGCAUGCCCGGCGCCACAUGACAACCAAGAAGAUCCCAGGCUGGCAGGCAGAGGUGGGCAAGCUGAACAGAAUCGCCUCUGCAGAGAGCCCUGCGAGCCCCCUUGAGCCCUUGCCAGCCUCAGGCUGAGAGGUUAUAUGGUGUUCCUCAAAAAAAAUAAAAAAACAGUGUUCUCUGGGCUGGGGAAGGCCGGAAGCUGGUUCUGAUGAAGUAUGUUACCUUUACUUUUCUGAUUGGGACCCUGUUUGGUAUCUAUCUUUUGUAGUUUCAGAAGUCUAUCUUUUUUUUUUUUUUGGUAUGGAAAUGGAAGCAAAUUUGAUAAUCUAAAUCACCAGCAUUCAGACAAACAUUUUGGCAAUAACGUUUACAAAGUCUGGAUUUUUUUUUUACAACCUUUUGUAGAAAUGAGACAGGGUACUAAUUUUAUACUUUUUUUAAUAUAUAUUUAUAUUGUGCUCAAAUCAACAACUUCUAGAUGGAUGAUUUUACAACCUUCUUUCCAGUGUUUUAUAACCAAGUUUUAUAAUGUCCCUGCUUAGCAGAAGCUAGGUACAUUAUCAGAAAAAAAAAAAAAAAACCUACAUGUUUAUGAUCAGCCCUUUUAUAUAUUGGGAUGUGUUAGGAGUCAGAACUGGUAAAUAAAGGCCUUUAUGAGGGAAAAAUAAGUUUUGUAGUCAGCUUCUUUGUAGCAUUUUCUGGAGAAAUUCUAGGCAGUCAGUCCUGUAGCCCACAGAACUGAAAUUUUGGUUGGGUAGAAGUAGUCGCAUGUGCCUGUGAAGGCUGUGCCCUCGGUAUACCUGGGCCACUGGCCAGCUUCAGGUGAAUGGGGACUGCUGUGAGAUGUGUGUUAGUGUCAUUUUCUGUGCUGUUCCUCUGCCCAGAGCACAAAAAAAGAGAAUGCAGACACUCAAACCAGCAGCUUUGUGGAUUGUCAGCUGGCCUCUUCUGAUGUGGCUUUAUCCUACCUGGUUGGUUGAAUGACUGCUUAAAGAAAAGGAAAUGUCUGAUUUGGUUGGAUAAACUUUCCACGAAGUUGCAGCGAGGAUUGUGCACAGUCAGCUCUGAGCUUAGGAUGCCUUUAUUAAGGAAAAAACCUACAAAAUUCAUGUUUUACUAAAUGACAGUGGAAUACCACUUAACUGCCCUUUCAUUCAUUUUGUUUGAAGGAUAUUGUUUUGAUCAAACAAAAAAUUACUUGGAAUGGGGUUUUGCAGUUUACCUAGAAAGUAGACCACGGGCUAUGUAGACCAUGGACUACGCCUUGUAAACACAUGUCCUAUAUAUAUGAGACUGGUCGCCUUGUCCAGUUGACCACUGAAACUGGUUUUGGUUAAAUACUGUAAUUUUAGGCAACACAAUAAAUGUUAAGAACAGGGAUUAUUGCAUUGUUUUGGUAGUCUGGUAAUAGUUUUGUGCAGGAUAUAUUAGAUUUUUAUUUUCUUUUCAAUCAUUGGCAUUUAACUUUGUUUAAAUGAUGACAAGGUUCAAAUAGUAAAUAAUUGGGUAAAGUGAAGUUUUGCGUGCAGGUCUUUUUUAGCCUGAUAAGCCCUUACCUGGUCAUACAUUGUACACCACUUGAUUCCCAUUAAGUUGUUCUUUAGUAGCACCUACUUUUUGACAUGUAUGUAUGGAUUUUUAGGAAAUUGUCACAUUUUUUUGGACAGUUCCACAGUUGAGUGUCUCAGUUGUCAUACAGCACAACACAGCUGCAGAAGAACCAUAGUUGUACAUAGCUCGUGCUUUUCCCACACCCAAUGCUUUCUGCUGUUCAUCUUCAGUCAGCACUAAUGCUUCUGACUGUGUGCAAGUUGUAAGUAAAUGGUAUCAUAUAUUGGCAUCUUUCUUCAUUAUGACAUGAAAGUAAUGUCUGUUGUACUGGUGUUCUGUGGGUAACAAAAGGUCUUGGAGUAUUUGAUUACUUAUCACAUAGAACUUCAUUCUCUGACCAGUAUUGUUUCUAAACAACAGAUGUGUUGAAAUAUUGUUAAGCUUCUAUUUCCUGAUUAGAUUUAGAAAUCUCUUCUAUAAAAGAGCCCCCACCGUUUGUCUAUUGAAAGAUUGUUGUGUUGGAAAACAGUUCCCAUCUGAAAAGUACUCUCCUGAGCACCAGAGCCUCAGUGGUGUCUAUUCUCUUUUGGGGCCCUCCUCGACGGCGCCAUGAGGCAGUUUCCCCCAGUGCACUUUAUCGCUUGAGCAGUUCUGCUUGAUUUGCUUUGAUAUUUUACUUUGAGCCUUUCAGUAGUUAUAAAAUUUUAAAUGUUUCCUAAUUAUGUUUUAUGUAAUAGAUUUUGACCUAUUUAAAUGAGAAUGUGUAAUGUAACUUCUUUGAAUCAUAUAAAACUCUUGAUUUGCAGA